CGGCCGGAAGUCCGCCCAUCACGAGAUCCGCCCGGGCCCAGGCCCCGCCCCGCGUCCGCGCGUGGCCCUACGUAAAGCGCGAGUGGCUUCGCGACAGCCCAGGCCCCACCUCUUUGGCCACAUGUCGCGCAGGUCUUCCCGUCGGACGCCGCGCCGCUACUGCGCGCUGCUUUACGAACCUAAAGCAGCGCCGCCCCGCCUCCUGUGUCCGUCCUCACCUCCCCGCCCCCUUCCAGUUUCGCGUCUCCUUCCCCGACGCGCCCGCUAUAAUCACGUGACCGCUUCAUCCGGGUCCUUUGCGUUCUCUCUCCCUCUCCCAACAUGGCGGCCUCAGCAAAAAAGAAGAAUAAGAAGGGGAAGACCAUCUCCCUAACAGACUUUCUGGCUGAGGAUGGGGGGACUGGUGGAGGAAGCACCUAUGUUCCCAAACCAGUCAGCUGGGCUGAUGAAACAGAUGACCUGGAAGGAGAUGUUUCAACCACUUGGCACAGUAAUGAUGACGACGUGUAUAGGGCACCUCCAAUCGACCGUUCCAUCCUUCCCACUGCUCCACGGGCUGCUCGGGAACCCAAUAUCGACCGGAGCCGUCUUCCUAAAUCGCCACCCUACACUGCUUUUCUGGGGAACCUGCCCUAUGAUGUCACAGAAGACUCGAUUAAGGAAUUCUUUAGAGGUUUAAAUAUCAGUGCAGUUCGUUUACCACGUGAACCCAACAAUCCAGAGCGGUUGAAAGGUUUUGGUUAUGCCGAGUUUGAGGAUCUGGAUUCCCUGCUCAGUGCUCUGAGUCUCAAUGAAGAGUCUCUAGGUAACAGGAGAAUUCGAGUGGACGUUGCUGAUCAAGCUCAGGAUAAAGACAGGGAUGACCGUUCUUUUGGCCGAGAUAGAAAUCGAGAUUCUGACAAAACAGAUACAGACUGGAGGGCCCGCCCUGCCACAGACAGCUUUGAUGACUACCCGCCUCGAAGAGGUGAUGAUAGCUUUGGAGACAAAUUUCGAGAUCGUUAUGAUUCAGACCGGUAUCGUGAUGGGUUUCGGGACGGGUAUCGUGACGGCCCACGGCGGGAUAUGGAUCGGUACGGCGGCCGGGAUCGUUAUGAUGACCGUGGCAGCAGGGACUAUGAUAGAGGCUAUGAUUCCAGGAUCGGCAGUGGCAGAAGAGCAUUUGGUAGCGGGUACCGAAGAGAUGAUGAUUACAGAGGAGGCGGGGACCGCUAUGAAGACCGAUAUGAAAGGCGGGACGAUCGGUCAUGGAGCUCCAGGGAUGACUACUCUCGGGAUGAUUACAGGCGUGAUGACAGAGGUCCCCCCCAAAGACCCAAACUGAAUCUAAAGCCUCGGAGUACUCCUAAGGAAGAUGAUUCCUCUGCUAGCACCUCCCAGUCCAGCCGAGCAGCUUCUAUCUUCGGAGGGGCAAAACCUGUUGACACAGCUGCGAGAGAAAGAGAAGUGGAGGAGCGGCUACAGAAAGAGCAGGAGAAACUGCAGCGCCAGCUGGACGAGCCAAAGCUUGAACGGCGGCCUCGGGAGAGACACCCAAGCUGGCGAAGUGAAGAAACUCAGGAACGGGAACGGUCGAGGACAGGAAGUGAGUCGUCACAGACUGGGGCCUCAGCCACAUCUGGCAGAAGUAAGUCAGACCAGGAUGCACGAAGGAGAGAGAGUGAGAAGUCUCUAGAAAAUGAAACAUUCAAUAAGGAGGAAGACUGUCACUCUCCAACUUCUAAACCUCCCAAACCUGAUCAGCCCCUAAAGGUAAUGCCAGCCCCUCCACCAAAGGAGAAUGCUUGGGUGAAGCGAAGUUCUAACCCUUCCACUCGAUCUCAGAGCUCAGACACAGAGCAGCAGUCCCCUACAAGUGCUGGGGGGAAAGUAGCUCCAGCUCAGCCAUCUGAGGAAGGACCAACCAGGAAAGCAGAUGAAAAUAAAGUAGAUGGGAUAAGUGUCCCAAAAGGCCAAACUGGGAACUCCAGCCGUGGUCCAGGAGAUGGAGGGAACAAAGACCACUGGAAGGAUUCAGAUAGGAAAGAUGGCAAAAAGGAUCAAGACUCCAGAUCUGCACCUGAGCCAAAGAAACCCGAGGAAAUUCCAGCCUCUAAGUUCAGUUCUGCAAGCAAGUAUGCUGCCCUCUCCGUUGAUGGGGAAGAUGAAAAUGAGGGAGAGGACUACACCGAAUAGACCUCGACAUCCUGUGCUUUCUCCUGGUCUCUCUCCACCCUGGAACAUUCAAGAGCAAAUCAAACCUCUAUCCAGACAAGGCAAAAUAAAACUCACCAUCUCCUGGAGACCUUUCUGAACUUUUUUUUUUUAAUUGAAAAAUACUUUUGCAUGCUGCUGCAGCCUUUAAAGUAUUGAAGUAACUGGAGAAUCAUCAAUGUAGCCAGAGAGAAAGAGACUACAGCUUUUUGAUGGAAAAGUUGUGGUGUGUUUUUAUGACACCAUGCAGUUGCCUGUGUGAUUAGUGCCUAGGGGAGUCCAUUCAGCAGAAGUGGUCAUGACAGUAAUGCAAUGUCUGGAAUCUGGUUGGGCAAUAGGGGAGAGGUACAUGGAAGUGUGAGAUUCCUACCUUUUAAUUUUUAUCCUAUUGUGACAUAUAUGAAUUCUCAAACAUGAUCUGAAUAAAUUUUCCAUCCAUGGAAAGGUAGGUUUAGCCUCUCAAGUUGUUUCAGUCUCCAGGAGGCUGCCAGCCCCUUCUCUUAUUUAAUUCUGAGUUAGUGGGGCCAGCCUAGGGGGAAUUUCUUCAUUUUUUACCCCCCAGGGGGGUAGUUGGGAGUGAGUCUAUAAGCCGCUGAAGAUUAGGACAGCUUAGGACCAAAAUAAAUGGGAAAAUCGUGAUUUGAAAAGAAGUUUCUGGGAGAUGAUGAAUCAUUUUGCACCAGGUAAUAGGGAAAAAUUGUGUGACCUCCAAUAAACACAUGAAUGGUUAUUUCCUGGGGCAGGAAGCACUUAGGGGUCGUGGGAAUUCCCAAUUUUUCAUGUGUUCUGGUUUUGCCCUUUUUAAACACUGUCCUUUUUGAGAGUUCAAAUAUAGCCACAUUCUCUUGAAAUCUUGACGUUUUAAAAAUUUAGACUUGCCAUCGUCUCAAGUUCUUCGUGCUACUCUUAACCUCCUAACAAGCAGUCUCUAUUUAAGCCACAUACCUGAUCUGGGCAUUUUAUGCCUCGGUCUCUGGGAGCUGCGAAAGGAAGAAUCACUGCUUUUCUCAAGUAGAUGGGUUCCUUGAUGUCUUCUGACUCCCUCUUUCCCUCCAUCCAUGCCUGCUCCUGCUGCUUUGACCCUUUCAGAAUACUCCAGAAUUGAUGGUCUUGGGUGGUGAAUAAGUAAGGACAGUUAAAUUGGGGGCCCUUUCUUACAACACUGGUUGGGGUUUGGCUUUUUUUUUUUUUUCUCAGGUUUCCUUCUCUCCACUGAAAUCCCACACCAAUGCUUGGAUUUAUAAUGUGGCCUAGACCAAAGUGUGGUUGGGUUUUUUUUUUGUUUUGUUUUAAGCUUCCCUUGAGAGAAUAAAUGGAAACGGAGAGAGCUGUUAAACAAGGUCCUGGUUUCUCUUGCAACGCAAUAGCUGAACUUGUCUGCUUUUCUGUGCAUUUUUGUAGGGGUCAGCUCGGUAGAUGGUACCUAUCCUUCCCUGUCAUGGGCCACGUUAGUACCUGCAGAGAAAUGACACCUCUGUCUCUUGUUUGCCAGCCCUUCUCCUGUCAGUUCUAAGUUAGACCCCAUCCAGCUGUGCCAGGGGUGUUGGUUUGUGCAUGCUGCAGCAGUGAGCAUAAUGCGUCAUUUAUCCAGUGGACAAAAGGUACACCACGUGAAUUAACUCUAAAUAAUUGGCAUGGAUUGGCUAGUAGCUAGGAAGUGGGCUUUUUAAGAGAGCAUUCCGAAGGUUGAGAGAGUUUAAAAAAAAAACAAACCAUUGAUCGUAGAUAAUGAAAAGUUGAGGUUUGCCCUCUUCAGUCUACUCUUCCAAAUAGUUGUCUGAAAAAAAAGUUGUUUAUCCCACACUCCUACCUUGCCCCCUGCUGAGAUAGAAACGGAUUGAUUUAUGUCCCACUCCUGAAUACAUGUAAAAUUUGUACAAAAAUAUCUUCUAUGAAAAUGAUUUGUAAUCUGUAGACUUAAUACCUGGGAGAUGUCUUGAGAUGUAAAAUCCCAUCCUUUGGGUUAUGGGUUUUUUGUUUUCUCCAAAUAAAUCAGAUCUUUAAAGUUCA